AUGAAAAGGUACCAACCGAACUGAAGAAGAACAUCAUGCAGGCUCAUAUGGAUAAGAAACUCACCCAGUCUCAACUUGCUCAAAUCAGUCUCUGUCUCUGUCUCUCUCUCUCUCUCUCUCUCUCUCUCUCUCUCAUAUGUAUGCAUUCUGUCCUCAGAUUAUACCCUUUUCAGAUCAUCAAUGAGAAGCCCCAGAUAAUACAAGAGUAUGAAUCGGGAAAGGCCAUUCCAAAUCAACAGAUAAUUUCCAAACUGGAGAGGGCUCUUGGUGUGAAACUGCGAGGAAGAAGUAAAAGAAGCAGCAAGAAGGAAAGUUAACCUUUUGAACUAUCAUUGUCUUUUGUCGCAAAGAUUGAGAUGUACAUGAACCUUUUUUCUUUUCUUUUCCCCUUUAACCACUUGUAAGCUUGUUUGUAAGAAACUCUGCUCCGAUGGAUAUGCUUUUUCCUUGUGACUAGUAAAUCCCUAUUUUGUCGUAAGUUUAAAGAUGCCACUCACCUGAAUGCUUGUGAACCAUUCAUACAACUUGAC